GUUUUGUGACUGCUGUUACCACGCCUAUUUCAUCUUCAAAUCACAUACAGAUAUUACUUCGCAAUGUCUUUAAUAUUUCGCAUGGAGAAAAAUAUAAAGCAGACAACAAGUUAUCGAGCAACAAAAGUCUUUAUAAAUAAAACUAUUACUGAAGGGUAAGUCAUCAAAACAUGAUUACCGAAAGCUAUAUUGUAAAGAAAUCACUUCAUGGUCUUUUGAUUGGGAAAAAGGGUAGUAGACUAAAGCAGCUGACAGAGGAAACAGGCACGCAAAUUAGGGUUCAAAGAGGUAAGGACCAAGUGAUGGUGAGCGGUCCUGAUAAGGAGAGUAUUGAAAAGGCCAAACUGGCAAUCGAUCGCACUUUGCAACAAGCACAACAGCGAAUGCGGCCAACCCAUUUCUUAUCGAUACCUAUCACAAACGUCAAGCAACAGAUUGAAGCAUUCUAUAAAAAGAUAGACACGAUGGUCAAUCCGGAUGCACUUGUAUUACCCGCCAACUUCCACAUUACAUUGGGAGUUAUGUCUCUCCUAGAUCGAGAAGAGAUUGAUCGAGCUGUUAAAUACUUUAAAGAGGAAUGCUCAAUUGUUGCCCAUCAAGUCCUUGAGAACGGCCCUUUGAGCGUGAGAUUACAAAAACUAGCUAUUAUGCAACCUAACCCAGCUGAAGCGCAUGUAUUAUAUAUUGAGCCGCAAGAUGAGACACAGCUACUUGUUAAAUUAUGUAAGGCAAUUAUUGAUAAAAUGAUAGAUGGAGGGUUUAUGAAAAUGGAAAAGAGGCCAUUAAAGCUACAUGCGACACUUGUAAAUACUAGUCAUUGCAAAGGAAAGAUCAGACAGCCCUUUGAUGCUAGAUCGAUUCUUCAAGAGCAUAAAGAGAUUAACUUUGGGCAAGCUGUGUUGGAUAAGGUUUGUUUUAUGAAAAUGGGUCGAACAGGGCCAGGCAGAACAUAUGAAAGUGAAGGGCAUAUUUUACUAUAAAGUAUAAAAGAACUAUAAACAAUUGCCAAUGU